CCGCAAAUGCAAGCUAUUAAAUGCGUGGUGGUCGGCGACGGGGCUGUGGGUAAGACCUGUCUGCUAAUUAGCUACACCACAAAUGCCUUCCCAGGAGAGUACAUCCCAACAGUGUUUGAUAACUAUUCCGCAAAUGUUAUGGUUGAUGGUAAACCAGUUAACCUUGGUUUAUGGGACACAGCUGGACAGGAAGAUUAUGACCGCCUUCGCCCCCUAUCAUAUCCACAAACGGAUGUGUUCCUAAUAUGCUUCUCCUUGGUGAGCCCAGCAUCAUUCGAAAACGUCCGAGCUAAGUGGUACCCAGAGGUGAGGCAUCACUGUCCCAACACUCCAAUCAUCUUGGUUGGUACCAAACUGGACCUGCGGGAUGACAAAGACACCAUCGAACGUUUGCGUGACAAAAAACUCUCCCCCAUCACCUACCCACAGGGUCUGGCAAUGGCUCGUGAGAUAGGUGCAGUAAAGUACCUGGAGUGCUCUGCUUUGACUCAGCGUGGUCUAAAGACUGUCUUUGACGAGGCCAUCCGCGCAGUCCUCUGCCCUCCACCGGUCAAAAAACGAGGCAAGAGAUGCACGCUCUUUUAA